AAUACGUGAUCUCGUGUGAAUGUUAAUUGUGAAUCGUGAUCGAAAUUCAAGAAUAAUGAAUCUAAUCUAACCAAACCCAUCCAUCGGCUUUGUCUCCCUGUGAUACAUUUCCUCAAGAGGUUUUGUCUUUAGUUGUUCCCAAUUAACUUUAAUUUAACAUCAUAAAUAGCCUAGUCAGUGUGCAUUUUACUUUAAAGUUGAGACUUUCUUCGUUUUGCAACUUAGGCCUACAACAACAUUAUGCCAGGCAUCGUGAUCCAGAGUGAGUCAGUCAUCAAACUUUCUUCAGCAACUCCAGAUACCAUAAAAAGGUUGGAAAUGUUGGAAAAUGAAAUAAAAACUAAGGAGAUAUCAGAAAAAGAAUAUUGUAACAGAAAGUGGUCAUUGCUGAAACCUCAUGCAGACUUGGAAAUAGUCUCUCAGAUUGAGAAGUUGCAAGCUGAUUUUGAAACCACAAACAUAUUGGAGACUGACUACUGUUCUGAAAUGAUGAAAAUUCUUCAAGUCAACCUUCACAUCCAUUCGCCUAUCAAAGGGAGUGGGAAUUCCUUCUCAGGUGAUGUUACAUCUCCAAAGUUCGGCGGCUCCCCUAAAACAUAUGGUAGACCGACUCGCACUCCUAGAAGUAAACCUACUUUGGAAGCCGACAGUCCGGUUGCUGGUCCCUCCCGCACUCCUGCAUCUGCAGCUAAGAAACUGGCUGCGUUUAAAGCUUCCCCACGGAACGGAGACUCUCCAGCAGGCAGCAAGAGAAAGUCUAGUGAAGAGGUUGAAGAAAGUAAGCCGGGUCCAUCCACACGCAGAAAGUCUGGAAAAAGGCUUGCUUUGGAAGAUGAAGAAUCAACUGAAAAUGCUAGCUCACCAAAAGGCGCUGGAAGAAAAUCUGCUGGUAAGCAAAACGACCACAAAAAUACCCAAAAAAACACUUUGAAUUCGUGGUUCAAGAAAAAUGAGUCAACAGUAAAUGGCAAGGCAAGUGAAUCUAAGGCUUCAGAUCUCAAUGGAUCUUCAGAAAAGACUGAUACUACGUCAAAUUCCUCUGACACCAAAUUGGAAAAUGAGACUGAAGCAAUCACUGCUGUUGUGAAAAUGGAUACACAGGAUGUGCCAGAAGAGCCUGAGAGUUCUGUGACUAAUGGUGUGAAAAUAGAGAUUGAAGAAACACCAGUUAUUGAUGAAGAUGAAAUUGCCCGGCCAGCUAAGAAAAUCAAAACAGAAGAAAGUAAAACAGAGCAUAUUUCAGAAAAAUCUGAUAUUAAGGAGGCUGACAAGAAUUCAGGUAGCAUUGGCCGAACAGUGCCCCUGAAAUGUGACAUAUGUCGUCAACUCUUGGGUGACCCAGACACCCGACUCUACCCGGGGCACCCGCACGGAGCUGUGGAAGAGUACAUUGCCCUCACCGACCCCAAACUGUCUCUGUUCACUGGGGAGGAAGGAGAUAUUCACGAGCACGACGCUCGGCCACACAACAAGAUCACUCAGUACAGUGUGUAUGACAAGGCUGGCCACUUGUGUCCGAUAGACGGCGGUCUCAUUGAGCGCAACGUGCUGCUUUACUUCUCUGGUUAUAUGAAACCUGUGUAUGAAGAAAACCCUGAGGCAGAAGGUGGUAUUGCCAGCAUGGACAUGGGUCCAAUCAACGAGUGGUGGGUCUCUGGCUACGACGGAGGUGAGAGAGCGCUGAUUGGCUUCUCCACAGACUACGGAGAGUAUUAUCUCAUGGAGCCGAGCGAAGUUUACGCCCCUCUGAUGGAGACUGUCAAGCAGAAGAUCUACAUGGGCAAAUUGGUUAUCGAGUUCCUCUUGGAGGAUCCUACUGCGUCUUACGAGGACCUGCUCAACAAACUUCAGACGACAGUUCCUCCCUUUGGCACCACAACACUGUCCGAGGACAGUUUGUUGCGCCACGCUCAGUUCAUCUGUGACCAAGUGCUCAGUUUUGACGAAGGAGCUGAUAACAGUGAUGACCUUCUUAUCACCUCACCCUGCAUGAGAGCGUUGGUUAACCUGGCCGGAGUCACUUUUGGAAAAAGAAGAGAAAUGCGACGUGGCGACAGGAAGGAGAUAAGACAGAAGAAGACAAAGCAGGUUUGGAGUAAAGCCACGAGUACUCCUUGUGUCAGUGAAGUGUUCGAGUCUUUGUUUACCGACCAACUGGACACCGAUGCAACCUCAAAGGGUCCCAAGCGCCGCAGGUGUAAUGUGUGCGAGGCUUGUCAGUCUUCUGACUGCGGCUCAUGCUCCGCUUGCAAGGAUAUGAUCAAGUUUGGCGGCUCAGGAAAGAGCAAACAAGCCUGUAUCAAGCGCAGGUGUCCGAACAUGGCCAUCCAAGAGGCUGAUGAUGACGAGCCAGAAGAUGAACAGGACAUUGUGGCGGAGGAUGACUCAAGUAACAUGAGCUGGACAGCGACCCGCACUGUUAAAACUAAAAGCUCCAAGAAGAAGGUUGAGUGGGUCGGAGAACCCUUGAAGGACGACGGUCGCAAGGUCUACUAUAGCAAAGUGAAGAUUGGAGAUGAACAGAUCACUGUUGGAGAUUGUGUGACUGUAGAGCCCAAUGAUCCUGGCACUCCUGUGUUUAUCGGCCGUGUUAUAUACAUGUGGCAGGACAAGAGCCAAGAGAAAUUCUUCCACGCCCAAUGGUUUUGUCGUGGGUCAGACACUGUGCUGGGCGAGACGUCAGAUCCACAAGAACUCUUUGUACUGGAUGAGUGCGAGGACUCUGUGUUGUCUGCGGUGGGAGGGUUGGCAGCACUGACUAGAGUGUGUCUGUCCAGCGACUGGGCCACCCAGGGCGGCCAACCGUUGACCAUAAACGUGGGGAAGGAUGAUGGCAAGACGUUCUACUAUCAGAAGAAGUACGACCCAUUGCAUGCCCGUUUUGAAGAUAUUCCUGCAGACCCACCAUGUUUGAAGGAAGCUACUCAUAGGUUCUGUCCAUGUUGUGAAAGAUUAUAUCUACAACAAAAGAAAGAAACACCUUGUGUAGACGAGAGACUCGAGGAAGAAACAAAUAAUAAAGAGGUUAUGUACGGUGUAUUGAGGUGGAAGGGAGAAGAAUUUAGACCUGGCAGCUUUGUUUUUCUAACACCAGGAGUGUUCAAGUUCAAGAAUGGGUUCUCAGCCAUUCUCAAGACUGAGUUUCGCAAACCUGAAAAGGUGGACGAAGACCUAUAUCCAGAAUACUACCGUAAGUCGUCAGAUCAUGUGAAGGGAUCGAACGAUUCAACACCGGAACCGUUUUGUAUAGGAUACAUCUCAUCGAUUGUGACCAAAUCUCGUGACAAGCUAGUGGCCCCUGGUGACAUCUGUCUGAGAGUCAAGAAGAUGUAUCGACCAGAGAACACUCACAGAGACAUCGGUCUGAGUCACCAGCUGGAUUUGAACCAGCUCUACUGGACAGACGAAGAACGGUUGGUAAACUUUUCCGAAGUGAUGGGAAGGUGUCAUGUGAUAUUCGGAGAGAACCUAGAAGACUCCAUGACUCUGUCUGAGUGGACCGCCGCAGGACCUAACAGAUUUUACUUCCUUCAAGCGUAUGACAGUGUGGGGCAAACCUUUGUUGAGCCCCCAUCCCACGCCAUGCUCAUCGGCUCUCUCGGCAAGGGGAAAGGUAAAGGUAAAGGAAAGGGUAAGAGCAGUGUGAAGCCUGUGAAUGAAGAGCGCAGGGAAGGAUCCCCUGAACAAUAUCCUCAAGUUACCCCACUCAAGUGUCUGGAUGUUUUUGCAGGCUGUGGAGGUCUGUCAGAAGGGUUGCACCAGGCGGGAGUAGCUGAGACCAAGUGGGCGAUAGAGAAGGAAGAAUCUGCUGCUCAUGCAUUCCGUCUCAACAACCCCAACACUACAGUGUUCUCUGAGGACUGCAACUUGCUGCUAAAGAUGGUCAUGAGUGGAGAAAAGGUGAACAAGAAAGGCCAAGCUUUGCCACAGAAAGGUGAGGUAGAAAUGCUUGUUGGAGGACCUCCGUGUCAAGGCUUCAGUGGUAUGAACCGCUUCAACUCUCGCCAGUACUCCCUGUUCAAGAACUCGCUGAUCGUGUCCUACCUGUCGUACUGUGACUACUACAGACCGCGGUUCUUUAUCCUGGAGAACGUUCGCAACUUUGUGUCGUUCAAACGCAGCAUGGUGCUCAAGCUGACCCUGAGAUGUCUGGUGAGAAUGGGCUACCAAUGCACCUUCGGAGUCCUGCAGGCCGGGAACUACGGCGUGCCUCAAACUAGAAGGAGAGCAAUAAUCAUCGCUGCUGCCCCUGGGGAGGUGUUGCCCAACUAUCCUGAUCCAACUCACACAUUCAACCUUCGAGCCACAUCACUGAAUGUUAUGGUUGAUGAUAAGAAGUUCUCGUCCAUGUGUCGUUGGGUGGACUCUGCGCCUCUGAGGACAAUAACUGUGAGAGACGCCAUGUCUGACCUGCCAGAAAUCAGGAACGGAGCCAAGAAUGAGGAGAUGGGCUACGGUGGGGAGCCUGAGUCACACUUCCAGAGACUGAUAAGAGGGAACCAAUACCAACCAGUGUUGAGAGACCACAUAUGCAAGGAGAUGGCGCCCCUGGUAGAGGCCAGGAUAGCCAACAUUCCCACCAAACCUGGCUCCGACUGGCGAGACCUGCCUAACCUGUCUUUGCGACUGAGUGACGGCACAGUCAGUAAGAAACUACAAUACACACACCAUGACAAGAAGAAUGGCAAGUCGUCGACAGGUGUGUUGCGCGGUGUGUGUAGUUGCGCUACGGGGGCACAAUGUGAUCCGAUGGACCGUCAGUACAACACACUGAUACCUUGGUGUCUGCCGCACACAGGCAACCGCCACAACCACUGGGCCGGGCUGUACGGCCGAGUGGAGUGGGACGGCUUCUUUAGCACCACUGUCACCAACCCGGAGCCCAUGGGCAAACAGGGUCGAGUGUUGCACCCUACCCAGACCAGGGUGGUCAGUGUGCGAGAGUGUGCCAGAUCUCAGGGCUUCCCCGACACUUACAGAUUUUUUGGAGGAAUUCUCGACAAGCACCGUCAGAUCGGUAAUGCAGUUCCUCCUCCAAUGGGAAAAGCUAUUGGUCUUGAAAUCAGGAAAUGUGCUGUGGUCAAUGACAAGAAAAAAUCUGAAUAAGAGACUAUAUCAUCUAGUACCAGCGACUGAUUUAAAAGAAAACGUGUGUUACCUACAACAACAAUGAUAAUAGUGAACAUUCCUAUUGAACUGGUCGCUUCAAUCUCGUAAAAUGGUUUAAUAUAAUACAAGAUUAAGCAUAGUUAAUGGUACACCCAAAUUGUAAAUUGUACGACUGUGGUUACAAAAUACAUUUAUCAAAUUUUGUGCCACAAUAGAUUUGAAGAACAUUAGCUGAAAUUGAAUUUCUCAGAUAGUCUAUAUUUCAAAUUAAAAUUCACUCCAAAUUACCAUUUAUGAUGCAGCUGGUAUUUGUUGUUUACACUGCUAGCCAGUUAUUCUUGAAUUUGUUGUACAUAAUACUUAUACGAAGUUUUAUUCAGUUUUAGUUUUAAACGUCUUCUAAUUAUUUUAUAAAAUUGUACCUAAGAUGAGAUGAGCCAUGUCACUACCAAAAGGAUUUUAUCACAUUGACUGUUAGGAAUGCUAACUAUGUUUUAUGUACUAACUCAGACUGUUUUUAGUGAAACUGUUGUUUAUUUACCACACAUAUUUUUUAUACAAUUUGUAAGGAUUUUUUUAUUUUUUUCUAAAUAUGUAAUGAGACGUUUGUGAUCAGAUGCACACUCAAAUAUGAAGACCAGAAGACUAAGGGAAAUAAAUAGCAAUGUUGUCCAUGUCUUUGUCACCUAAGUUUUAGAUGAAAGGAGUCCAAGUUCUGUUACAAGUUACAGUUAUAUCCUGAGCUUGCCACUAAGUUUUCAAGUGCCUUGAAAGGUUGUGUAAAUAUUAGACAAACAUGUACAGACUGUUUUAUAAAAUAAAACUAAAUUUGAAUACUUUUCAAUUGUGCAAAA